AUGAGCGGUAACCAUUCGAUAGAUGCUUCCGGUACCUAUCCAACAGGCUUGGAAAAGUUGUUCCUUGGAAAUAACAACAUAAGCAGGAUAAUUUCGGAUCUCUCCAAACUGAAAAAUCUGAAAUACCUCCAUUUGAGAGAUAAUAAUAUCAGAAAACGAUCUGGAUUCACCGAACAACUAUCACAGCUUACCUAUCCGAACUUAAGAAACAAUAAAAUCAAUAAAAUUAGACAAUUCAGAAAACUGGACUGUUUACCAAAUUUGGAAACUAUCAUAAUCAUGGAGAACCAAGCGUGCAGAAAAAAAGACGAGCGAGAUGAGGAUGUUGAAGACGAAGAACACGAAGAUGAAAUAUACGGCGAGGAAGGUGCGCCCGCUGUUGAUAAAACUAGAUUGGCUUUAUUGGUAUUAUUACCGAAUCUUAAACGAAUCGAUAAGGAAAUAGUUACAGCGGAAGAAAGGGAAGCUGCGUUGCUGAAAAAGAGGCAAAUCACAGAAGAAAUCUUUGAAGAGGAGAGUAGCGAAGAUGAUACAGAAGUACCUACCACUACAGAUUUAACAACGGAAUUUACAACUGAAACGGAAAUCGAUUAUGAUUUACGUCGUCCAAAACCUACGGAAGUCAGAGGAGAGAAUGAAUCUGACAACUGA